CGGUUCUUUGUAUUACAAAUUCAAAGCUUUCUUCGAAUUAGCAAUGGCAAUUCGUCUUCCUAGUGUGGUGAUGAAUAUCCUCCGCCGAUCUUCUUUAACAAAAAACAACAUAUGUUCAACAUCCUUGGAUGUACCGAAGGGUUUCUUUCCUGUUUAUGUUGGGGAAUCCCAAAAGAAGAGAUUUUUGGUUCCUCUAUCCUUCUUGAAUCAACCCUUGUUUCAAGAUUUGCUAAGUAAAGCUGAAGAGUUCGGGUUUGAUCAUCCAAUGGGAGGUGUUACAAUUCCAUGUCACGAAGAUGCAUUCUUGGAUGUUAUUUCUCACUUGAAUUGAUCUCAAGUGAAGCCAACUAACACUGAUUUUGUACAUCGACACAA